AUGGGACUGUUGAGGUUUCUGUUGCUUUUCUCUGUGUGCUCCUUGUGGUUGUGUGUAGCCGAAGAUGCCGAUGGUGAUUUGGGAGCUAAAAAGCAGAAGCCUUCCUUUAUAGCUCCAAAUGUUCCCACUGGCGCUUACCUCGCUAUGUUCUUCAAUGGACCUUCCGACCUGAGCCAAAAGCUUGUGGUUUCCCAGGCACGUAAAGAUGGAAUAGAAGACUCUAUUGCCAAGUAUGACGGUGUCUGGUCAGUGGAAGUUCCACAUGCUAGCGCAAUCGACGAAGACUAUGCUUUAGUCCUGAAGUCCAAAGCCAAACAUCAUGCUGUCUCUACGAAAUUGUCCAAGCCGUUGAAAUUCGAUACAGAGGAGCUCGUAAUUCAAUAUGAUGUCAAGUUCCAGGACGGGAUGGAUUGUGGCGGUGCAUACAUCAAGUUACUAAGCGCUUCUCCUAGUCUAGAUUUGAAACAAUUUAACGACAAGACUCCAUACACCAUUAUGUUUGGACCCGACAAGUGUGGAUUGGAUAAUAAGUUUCACUUCAUAUUUCGGUACAAAAAUCCGAACACUGGUGUUUACGAAGAGAAACAUGCUAAAAAAGUGCUCCCGGAUUUGGAAUCCUAUUUUUCUGACAAGAAAUCCCAUCUUUAUACACUAGUUUUGCGUGCGGAUAACUCUUUCGAGCGCUACAUUGACCAAGUCAAAGUACAGAGUGGGACACUUCUUGAUGAUUUUGAACCUCCAGUCAAUCCCCCAAGGGAAAUUGAUGAUCCUAACGACAAAAAGCCGGAUGAUUGGGAUGAAAGAGAAAAAAUUGUAGAUGUCAAUGCCAAAAAACCUGACGAUUGGGAUGAGAAUGCUCCAGAGACUAUUGAAGAUGAAAGCGCUACAAAGCCUGCAGGUUGGCUAGAUGAUGAACCAGAAAUGAUUCCCGAUCCAGCAGCAGAACCUCCAAAAGACUGGGAUCGUGAAAUGGAUGGUGAGUGGGUUGCACCAAAAAUAAGUAAUCCUAAGUGUGCUAGUGCCCCCGGAUGCGGUGAAUGGCAUCGACCAGUUAUACCGAAUCCAAAAUAUAAGGGCAAAUGGUCUCCUCCAUUAAUAUCCAAUCCAGCUUACAAGGGAAUUUGGAAACCCAGAAAGAUUCCCAAUCCUAAUUAUUUCGAGGAGAAAAAUCCAUAUAGGGGUUUGGCGGAGGUGAGCGCGGUUGGUCUUGAGUUAUGGUCUAUGACUGAUGGAAUAGCCUUUGACAACUUCCUGAUUGAAGCUGAACGAUUAGCUGACCCAAGAGCACAAAGUGUUGUAGAUGCCAUACGAGAGACGUAUAAUGAAAAACCAUGGCUUAUCUUUGUGAUUGGACUUGUAUGUACACUACCGAUCCUACUUUGUUGUAUCUACUUCUGUCGUUCACCGUCCAAACAGGAUGUUCAUAAGAAAACUGAUAUGUCCACACCUGAUGAUACACCUCAAGAGGAGGAUGAGAAGGAUGCAGAAGUUGAGGAGUUAGACGAAUCUGGUGAAGAUGAUAUUGUUCAAAUUUCUAAAGGUUCUGGUGAUGAAUCCGAUGCUAAUAAAACAGGUAGUAGUAGAGGUGAUCUUGAUGCAGAUUCUACGGAGGAAGCUUCUGGAGCCGCAGGAACUGAGACCUCUGCUGCCAAGCAGACAGUUAAAAAGCGUCGUUCACGGAAGGAAUGA